AUGUCCUCUGAGAACACUGUCUACGUCGUCACCGGCGGAAACCGAGGCAUAGGCCUCGGCCUUGUUAAAGCACUGCUCGCUCGCCCUAAUACGACUGUGAUUUCAACCGUUCGAUCAAAGGAGACUGCGACGUCGCAUGCCGCGGUCAUUGUUGAGAGUCCCAAGGGCGCCAACAGUGAGCACUACACUGCCGAAAUCGAUUACAGCACCGACCUAGACUCUGCUAUCGUUAGCAAAAAGUUUGCCGCUGCCACUGCUGGCAAGGUGAACCAUGUCGACGUUCUCAUUUGCAACGCAGGCUACUUUACCACCAUGGCGACCGUACUUGACACCACGCCGGAGGAGCUGCGAUCGCACUUUGAUGUGAACACGCUGGGCCCUCUGGUGACUAUCCAAGCCCUAUGGCCACUGAUGAAGUCCGGCCCUGAGCCCAAAUUCUUUUUGAUUUCUUCCAGCGUCGGAUCCAUUGGGAUGAUGGAGGCCAUGCCUGGCGGUGCGUAUGGGCCUAGCAAGGCAGCGGCGAACUGGCUCGCCAAGGCGCUGCACCAGCAGAUUGAGAAGCUGGUGAGUGUUGCAGUUCACCCUGGGUUUGUUCAAACCAACAUGGGAAAUUCUGCGAGCGCACAGUGGGGGAUGGACAAUGGACCUCCCGACUCUGUGGACGAGAGCGUGGCUGGGCUGCUUAACCUGUUUGACAGCGCGACCAAAGAGAGUGCCUCGGGUAAGUUUAUUACCCAGAAGGGUAUGGAACUAUUGUGGUGA